UAGUCUUAUUGUCGGCAUAUUGGUGCGUUCUCUCUCGCACUAUGCGUAUAUGUCUAUCCCUGUCGUACAUUCCUAUAUGCGUAUAUGUAUAUCCCCCCCUCUCUCUCUCUUCAGUUGAGCUUUCACUGAGCGGCUUAGUGAGCAGUUUUGUUUUUGAAUUGAACGCGUUGGUACGAAUAUAAUCAAAUAUGACAUAAAAUGUUUAAAGUAGUGUUGUGUUAAAGAAUUUUUUUUUUAAUAUUCUGAAUUGUUUUAACGACUACAUACAUUUUCAGUACCUUCACCGAACGUAUCAUAGUAUGUUAUUAAUAUUUUAAUUGAAUUCUAACGAAGAAUUUAUCGUAUUAUUAAAUAACAUGGAAACUGUUCGAGAAUUUCCUUUCCCUUUUCCACCGUAUCCUAUACAAAAUCAAUUUAUGGAAAAAUUGUAUGGAUGCUUGGAAAAUGGUAAUUUGGGAAUCUUUGAAAGCCCAACAGGUACCGGUAAAUCUAUGUCAAUAAUCUGUGGUGCUCUGAAAUGGCUAAUCGACCAUGAAGAAUUGCAAAAGAGCGAAUUAACUACUGCAAUUUCUGAACUUGAUGAGAAAAUAGAGAAAUGUGUUAAUUCUGCAGAUGAUUGGUUGUCUGUUCAGUCUGAACAGAUACAAUUGAAUAGUAAAAGACAAGUUCUUCAAGCAAAGUUAAAUAGUAUUUCUCAAUAUGAACGUAAGAAAACUUCAUUGAAAGAUAGAGCUAAAAAUAUAGAUAAUAAAAAGAAGUCACACAAGCAAAGUAAGACAAAAUAUAUAAAAAAUGAAGUAAAGACUGAAAAUGAUUUGCCACUUGACAAAUUGAAUGUAAAGGAAGAAAAUGUUGAAGAGGAUUUACUGUUAGAAGAUGUAGUACAACAUUCGGAUGGUUCUGAAAGCGAAAACGAGGAAGAAGAAAUCUAUAAAAACACCAAAAUCAUCUUUUGUUCCAGAACUCAUUCUCAAUUAUCACAAUUUAUAGGGGAACUCAAAAAAAGUCCUUACUCAAAAAAUAUAUCUGUCGUAACAUUGGCAUCUAGACAAAGUUAUUGUAUUAACAAAAGUAUAAAGAGAUUGAAACAUAUAAAUUUAAUUAAUGAACAUUGUUUGCAACUACAAAAGAAGAAGAAAACAACUGUCAAGGUUGAAAAAGAUCUUAAAAGAAAGAAAGUGGCAACUAAUUGUCCAUUUAUGCCAGGUGAUCAAGAUUUACUGAUAGGGGAAACUAUAACAGAGAUUCAAGAUGUAGAAGAGAUUGCACAGAAAGGGAAAAGCCUGGAAACUUGUGUAUAUUAUACAUCAAGAAAGGCUAUUCCAUAUAGCCAACUAGUAUUAGUUCCAUAUAAUUCUAUAUUACAUAAAAACACUAGAAUUAGUUCUGGAAUCAUUUUAAAAGGAAAUAUAUUAAUAAUUGAUGAGGCUCACAAUUUAUUGGAUGCUAUUGAAAGAAUGCACAGUGUCAUGAUUACAGGUAGAAAUCUAUUGCACUGUUACAAUCAACUUGUUCAGUAUCAAAAAAGAUUUCAAACGCUUUUCUCUGCUAAAAGUGUCUUGAAUUUAAUUCAGUUGGGUUACUGUUUAAAAAAACUUUUAACCAUUUUUGGAGUCACUACAAAAUCAAGUCCUAAUGAUAAUAUUGAUAAAGAAGUGUCUCCAAAAUUAUAUAAAAUAGAAGAAUUUGAAGUAAUGACAGGAAUUGACACAGUAAACAUAUUUGAAUUAUUACAAUUUAUUAAGAAUUCACGGUUGAGUCAUAAGCUGCAAGCUUUUACAGAACAAUAUGGAAAUCAUGUAAAACUUCAUAAAAAUGAUACAAAAGCAUCUGGCAUAACACAAUUUUUAAAUUCCAUCAAAAACAAGGAUUCAAAUUCAAAUGUACCUGAUCCAACUAUAGACACAGUAGCAGAUGAAGAACGAUCGAAUAAUCCAUUAUUAUCAGUUGUGAGCUUCCUAGAAUGUUUACAAAAUAAUUGUACAGAUGGGCGCAUAUUUAUUGUUCCUGGUCCAACUAUUGGACAAAGUGUUAUAAAAUUUCUUUUGUUAAAUCCAGCUGCUCAUUUUCAUGAUAUCGUACAAGAUGCCAGAGCUAUAAUACUUGCUGGUGGAACAAUGGCACCAAUGAACGAAUUUACAGAACAAUUAUUUAUAGCAGCAGGUGGUGCACCUGAAAGAAUUGUCACAUUUUCGUGCAAUCAUGUGAUUCCUCCAGAAAAUAUAACAUGCAAUAUUGUAACUAGUGGUCCAACUGGUAUUGAAUUUGAAUUUAAUUUUCAAAAUCGACAAAACACAAAAUUGUUAGAUGAACUAGGAAGAGCAUUAUUAAAUAUAUCUAAUAUUGUACCAGCUGGAAUUGUAGUAUUUUUACCUUCUUAUAAUUUCGAGGAAUUAAUGUACAACCAUUUACAUAAGACUGGUGUUAUAGCAAAAAUUUCUUUAAAAAAGUGUGUUUUUCGUGAACCCAAAUUAACUUCUCAGGUAAACGAAAUUUUAAAACAGUAUGCACUUCGUAUAAAUCAGCCACAAAGUCCACAAAACGGAUCAUUACUAUUCAGUGUAGUAGGUGGUAAAUUAAGCGAAGGAUUAAAUUUUUCUGAUGAUUUGGCUAGAGGUGUUAUAGUAGUAGGAAUGCCCUAUCCAAAUGUUAAAUCGUUGGAAUUACAAGAGAAAAUUAAAUAUUUAAAUGAGAAUGUUAAAUCAGAUGCUGGACAAAACUUUUAUGAGAAUUCGUGUAUGAAAGCAGUGAAUCAGUGUAUUGGACGAGCUAUCCGGCAUAUUAACGAUUACUCAACUGUAAUACUAUUCGAUAAACGUUAUUCUCAAAAAACGAAAGCUCUUCCACACUGGAUUCAACGUACAGUAAUAACUCAUAAUGCUUUUGGUAACAUGAUUGGCAGUGUAGCUAAAUUUUUUGGUAAAAAAAGAAACGAACGCAAUAGAAAAAUAAUUAACUGAAACAAACCAUAAUAAAAGAUGUCCUUUAUUAGUAUUGGGAAUUUUUAUUGUUAUAAUUAUUAAGAAAAGUUUGUUACAUAAAGUUUGCAAGUUGUACUUCAAACUUGUAUGUCAAAUCGUGACAAUAGACUUGUCCAGGGUAUAGUAUGGAACAUGGAAAAUGUGACUGAAAGAAAUUCAUUUUAUAUACUAUUUUCUUUUGUUUAAGGUUUCGCUUAAUUCUUUUAUUGUAUACUUAUUACACAGUUAUUAUAUACAUACUAGUUCUUCUCUAUAUACUUAAAAGAACACUUACAUAAUGUAUUGCAGAUGGGUAAUUUUGUGGCUGAAUACUAAAAGCACAGUACUUUUUGUAGUGAGCUCCGUGUUUUCCUAAAAGAAAUUCAAGUUUUUUAGGUUUAGUUAUUAUCUUUUUCCAUGGUUUUUCUAUUUUCAUUUCUUCGCCAUCUUCAGCAUCGCUAUUAUAACUUUCAUCGUUUUCAUCUGCAGUAUUGUCUUCCUAAAGUAAUGUUAGUAACAGAUACAUGUUAUUGGUAAUUGAAGUAUAUAAAUUUAUCAUGUAUUUACUUCUCCUAGAAUAUCGUAACUAGUCGAGAAUUCUGGAACAAUCUGAGGCGGUAGGCGGCCUCCAGUGUAAAAUUGUACUCCACGCUGAUCAGAGUAGACCUCUAGGACGCUAAAUGCCAAUGUAUUUUAAACAAUAACAAUAUUUAAUAACAACUUAGUAUAUGUAA